UUCCCCUGGAUUAGGUUCUUCUCCUUUUUUUCAUAUUUAGCUAAUAUUUUAACUAUAAUUGCUUUGCACUGUGGAUUUCAACCAUAAAGAAACAAACAAUGGAGUUAAAAGUGAAGAUUGCUGUGAUUAUUGUAGCUGUUGUUUCUAUUGUCUCUGGCCUGUCGUUAUCUGCCAAUUAUAUUCGAAGAAACAGGAAAAUAUCUAAAGGUCAAAGCAACAAAGGUCAGCAGGAGGAUCCGGAAUUGCCUUUUUUUAACCUAUCUACAAUAGCUAGUGCCACUGAUAAAUUUUCGUUCAACAACAAACUUGGACAAGGUGGAUUUGGAAGUGUAUACAGGGGUGCACUCAUGGAUGGGCAAGAGAUUGCUGUGAAAAGGCUUUCGCAGAACUCUGGACAAGGACCAAAUGAGUUCAAGAAUGAAGUUAUGCUAAUAGCCAAGUUGCAGCGCCGAAUUCCUGUAAGACUUCUUGUUUAUUGCAUCCAAGGAGAAGAAAAAUUGCUGAUUUAUGAAUACAUGCCCAACAAAAGCUAGGACUUCUAUAUAUUUGGUUCGAAUAUCUUAAACCCCUAGUAUCCUUUUGUUAUUAUAUUCUCCUUUAUGUUCAUAGGUUUAAAACUCAAUUUUUCCAUAUGAGUAUUCAAAUUUCAGAACUUGAAUGAGAAAAUUUCCGGAUCAAGCACAAGGUAAACUUUUAGAUUGGAGGAAACGGUUAAACAUUAUCCUCGGGGUUGCACGGGGGCUUCUAUACCUUCAUGAAGAUUCCAGAUUGAGAAUCAUAUAUAGAGAUCUUAAAGCAAGUAAUGUUUUACUUGAUAAAAAGAUGAACACAAAAAUUUCAGACUUUGGAAUGGCAAGAACAUUUGGAGGAGAUCAAACAGGAGGAGUCACAAGAAGAGUGGUCUGAACCCUGAAAGCUUUAGAUUGGAGCUAAUGACAUAUUAUUGAGGAAAAUGACAAGUUUGGAGCAAGUUUGGCAAAAGAUGAAAAGGCUCCAUGCCAAAAUAGCGUGUACUCCUGCUCCACGCCAUGGUCCACACCAAAAUAGAGUAAACCCAGCUCCACGCCAUGCUCCAAGCUAAGGUCCACGCCAAAACCAGCCCACUUCAUGCCAAGUCCACCCUCCAUGCCAAGGUCUACGCUAUCCAUCAGCUUGUUUUCAUAGAGACAGUGGCGUGGAGCCAUGCCAAAAUGGCUGUACCUUUAAGCUCCACGCCACAUUUUUUUUACACUUACAACAUUUUUUCGGGGAUAAAAAUGGAUGAUGAGGUGUCAAAAAGGGAAGGAUUUUUGAUCAAAAAGAAGGGUGAAUCUUCAUUCUUGUCUAGGGUAAAAGGGUUUAAUGGAAGAAGCAGCCACCAUUUUAGAGGAGGUGAAAAAAGGGAGGCACAAAUACCUAAAAGGAUUUUAGGGAGAGGAGAAGAAGAGCUAGAGAGAGAAAGCUUGGAUUGAAGAGGAUUGGAGCAUUUCAAGACAUUGGAGCACCAAGAAUCUUCAAUUAAAUUAGUUUUUCUUUCCCUUCCAUUUUUUAUUCUCUAUUUUUAUUGGGUUCAUUGUUAAUUUUUGAAUAUUAUGUCUUUCUUUAUGGAUUUUCCCUUGAAUUUUGUUAUGGUAUUUACAAAGAAUAUGUGGAGCUAAAUUUCUAUCUAAGAUUUUGAUGGAACCUCUACUUGGAUGAUAUUUAAUUAAUGGGUUUAUCCAAUUUUCUUGUGUUAAUCUUGUAUUUAUUGUUCAAUCUACUUUUGCAUUUGGGAAUUUGCUUAGGUAUUGGGUAGAUUCACUAUUUUAUACUUGGG